ACUUCCGUUUCCAGUAAUUUCUACGAGCAACAAAACCUUCGGCAGCAGUCGAGAGGUUUCCAGAAGCGAGAUUUCACGCGUGACAGACACAUUCAGAGCGAGUCCACGGCUUCAUUCGUUACAUACAACAGACGCGCAUACAACAUCUGUAUUCACCCAAGAUGGCAAAGUGGGGAGAAGGAGACCCUCGCUGGAUCGUGGAGGAGCGAGCGGACGCCACAAACGUCAACAACUGGCACUGGACAGAGAGGGACGUCACAAGCUGGUCAUCAGAGAAGCUGAAGGAGCUACUCAUGGGGUUGCAGGUGGAGAGCGAAGAGGGCAAGUGUGAGAUCACAGAGGUCAGCAAGGUGGAGGGAGAAGCUUCCAUCAACAAUCGCAAAGGAAAGCUUAUAUUCUUCUAUGAGUGGAAUCUAAAGGCCGCCUGGACAGGGACAUCAACAUCGGGUAUCAAAUACAAGGGAAACAUUGACAUUCCAAAUCUUUCGGAUGAAAAUGACAUCGAUGACUUUGAUAUCGGUGUCAGUCUUUGUAAAGAUGAACCGGAAACAGCGCUGCUAUCUCUGAUGAGGAAGGAGGGAGCCAAUAAAAUUCGCACGGCUCUUGCCAGCUAUGUGGGCUUCCUCAAAACAGAGUUCACACAGGGCAUGAUCCUACCCACAGCCAACGGCAUGACCAAACAGCCAACAGGCCAGGCUAUAACUGAGACCAGCAAAACUCAGAUUGGCUCCUGUAGCACUGCUCCUCCGCCUUCCAACACAGGAGUAAAAAUCCCAACCUGCAAGUUUUCGAUAAGGGACACUUUCCUCACCUCACCAGAAGAGCUGUAUCGGGUCUUUCUCAAUCAGGAGCUGGUUCAGGCGUUCACACGCAGCGGUGCUAUGGUUGAAGGGGAAAAAGGUGGCAAAUUUCGCCUAUUGAAUGGAAAUGUGAACGGAGAAUUCCUGGAGCUGGUAUCAGAGCAGAAGAUAGUCAUGAAGUGGAGGUUCAACACGUGGCCUUGUGAGCACUACGCAACGGUGACAUUGACUUUCACAGACAAGGGUAAUGAGACAGAGCUAAAGGUGGAUUGUCGAGGAGUUCCUGAGAGCGAAGAAGAGCGAACACGAGAUGGAUGGCAGAGGUACUACUGCCACGCUAUUAAACAGACAUUUGGCUAUGGCGCACGACUCUGCUGAGCACAGGAUGUAGCAGCCUCAGAGAUAUCUUGUUGGAUUUUUUUUUUUUUUGGCUCUUUCUUUAACCGUUUUUAUUUCUCUUCAUUUGGCUCCACCUACAAAAACAGAGGAUCUGAAUGUGACUCUACUGAAACAGCAGGCAACAUCACAUUGCUCUUAUCACAUUAUUUGGAUGAUUUUGAUGUUUACAGUUAUUAAAUGAUUGGAAAUCAGGACUGAAAAGAGUGUUAAAAAGGGGACAUGAGUCAUAUCGGUGUAUGUGUGUAAUAUAGUCUACUUGUUUUAGCAUGACGGCACUCCUGUCCUGUUCUGUGAGGGCUCACAGGGUCGAACGGUGCCUUUUAUGCACUGGCUGGCUUUUGGAAAGGGUCUCGGAGUUAUGAAAAGAUUGGAUGUUUGGAGAAGCAAAAAUAAAGAGAGAUUUCAGAGCA